CGAAAAUAGAAGUGGUAAAACAAAGUGGUUACUAUUUCAGGCUACAAAGUGUAUGUAGUUUAUCAUGCAUGGAUAUAUUGUAGUGCUUUUAUGUUAUUUUACAUUUACAAAUAGCCUGGAUUCAGGAUGUGAGACGAUCAAUGGAAUAUUGUUUUUUGACAAAAGUAUUAGAUCCAAAGAAGAGCAACUGCAACAAGCUCUUCGUAUUUGGAAACAUGUCAAAAAUGGUCUUCCUGAAAAUAGUGAAAUUGACUUAAAUAAUAUUGGCAAGGAAGUAGAACAUAUUUCCUCUGUUCUUCACCACAAUAAUGAUGGUUGGCUUGACAAAUUGAACGAACACUCACUCGAUGCUAUAGAUACCUAUGGCACUAUCCCAUCGCAUGUUAUAGAACGUAAAAUAAAUUCGUACUUUUCGGCCAGUAAAUACAAGUUGGUAGCAGAGAUAGUGGUGUUAUUCGUGUCAUCAUCAACCAGUUUAGAUAAUAUACCACUGUCUUUGCUGAAAAAGAAGACGAUUGUAGUUGUAUUUGGAGAUUCAGCCUCUCAGCAGUGGAAGACUGUCUCCAGUAGAGAUGAUCAUCUGUUUCUAGUAAACAGGACGGAGAAUCUCGGUACCAUCAGCGAGCGUUUGAUCAAUGCAGCUUGUAUAGACUCAUCAUACUAUUGUGAUACGGACCAGUAUAGCACAAAGAAAGGUGCCAAGUGCAAGGAUUGUAUUGGUAAUGCUUGUUCUAAGAAUCCAACAGAAGAGAUUUCAAAUACUUGCAAAUCUAGGUGCCCGUUUUUUCGAAGGACGGUUCCCGAGAAGGCGGUCAUUACACAUGACUUCAUUAAAGAAAAUGAGAGAACUGCUAGAGUUCCAGAUCACAAACCUAUAGCCUUAAAAGUGACUGCUAUCGUUAAGUAUAGGAGUGAUAACCGCUCCGGUUCUUUUUAUCGCCUUUGCUCUAUACAAAAGGCAACGACCAACACCAACGCAUUUGAGCAUUGA